AUGCCUUCGUGUGUAAACCUAUCAUCAUUGAGGUGUUUACAUUUACAAGGAAAUGAAUUCAGUGGACCCAUACCGAAUGCUCUCUCUAAAGCUUCAUCCCUUGUGACACUGGAUUUGAGGGAUAACAAAUUAUCAGGAAGAAUUCCUAGGUGGAUCAGCUUACUGUCAAAUUUGAGGGUUCUUCUUUUGAGAGGAAAUAUACUUGAAGGUCCCAUUCCUUUUCAGCUUUGUCAACUCACUAAUAUGAACCUGAUCGAUCUUUCUUGUAACAAUCUUUCAGGGUCAAUGCCUUCUUGUUUGCAAAGGAUACCAUACGGGAAAAGAGCUUUCGAUGAUACGUUUGCCACCCGUGAAUAUGGGUGGACAUCAUAUCGAUCCUUCAGAACGUAUUCAUACAUAAGCCAACUCGAUGUGAGCCCAUACAACAUGGCGGACUUUAUUGUAUCAGAUGAGGUGGAAGAAGUGGAGUUUAUAACAAAGAGUAGGUCCGAAUCAUACAGCGGAAACAUUUUGUACUUCUUCUCCGGAAUUGAUCUAUCAGGGAAUAAAUUCACAGGUCCAAUUCCACCUGAUCGAAAUGGGGGACUUAAGUGGUUGGGUGGUGAAAUUCCCGCAGAGUUGAUAGAUUUGGACUUUUUAGCAGUCUUCACUGCGGCUUACAAUAACUUACCAGGCAGGACACCAGAUAGGAAGAAACAGUUUGCAACAUUUGAAGAAAACAGCUACGAGGGCAACCCUCUUCUUUGUGGACUGCCACUACAGAGAAGUUGCACCAUCAGCAGUGCACUUCCAUCAGCUCGAACAACUUCGCGAUCAGGGCAGGGGGAUCAUACAUCGUGGCAUUCGUAG